AUGUACAUCUAUGUUCCCACAACCAAGCUAUCCCUCGCCCCAAUCAUCGUAGCAAUCCACUGGUGCAGCGGCAGCGCAAACGACUACUUCUCGGAUACUGGCUACGCAACGUACGCAGAUACCUACGGCUACAUUGUCAUCUAUCCCGAUUCACCUUCAUCAGACAAUUGCUGGGAUGUUGCUUCCCUGGCAAGCCUGACCCACAAUGGAGGCGGUGAUAGUCUUACAAUUGUUAACAUGGUUAAAUAUGCAACGGCCAAUUACGGAGGGGACGCAAGUAAGGUGUACGCUACUGGCCUCAGCUCCGGGGCUAUGAUGACGAAUGUGUUGGCUGGAGCGUAUCCGGAUGUUUUUAAGGCUUGUACGGCUUAUUCGGGAGUACCUGAUGGAUGCUUUUAUGUCUCAACUGCAACUGCUGGAAUGGCACAGGCGGCAUGGAAUACGACAUGCUCGAGUGGAUUGUCUGUCCAGACAGCGCAGCAGUGGGGAAAUCUGGUGCGCAGCUAUUAUCCUGGGUAUACUGGAAGUUAUCCCAAGAUGGCAUUAUAUCACGGAACCGCCGAUUUCACUCUCGCAUAUCCGAACCUCGCCGAAGAAAUGAAAGAAUGGUCAAAUGUACUAGGGGUACCCCGGUCCCAAAACAUUAGCAACACUCCUAUCGCUGGCUACACCAAAAUGGUUUAUGGAGAUGGCACUAAAUUGGUUGGUUUCUCUGCUCUGGAUGUAGGUCAUUCGGUGCCUGUUCGAACGGAGGACGAUCUUGUGUGGUUUGGCCUUAUGCCAUCCUCCUCGACUAUAUCAACUGCCACGUCCACUAAAGCCAGCACAACUUUAUCAACGAGCACCACCACAUCCUCUGCAAGUUCAACUAGCACUGCUGCUCAUUGGGGACAAUGGUAG